AUGAGCGAAAUUCAAGCCAAGACUCCACAGGAAUCUAAGGAAGAUGCUCCUGGUACGUCUUCAACAUCUCAACCUUCUUCUGACAAUACCACAAAGUCUGAUUCUGGUAAAAAAUUAUCUAAUAAAGAAUUGAAAGAGUUAAAAAAACAAGAAAAAGCUGCUAAAAGAGCUGCUAAGAAACAAGCAAAUGGUAUUACUAUUGAAGAGCAACAGAAGAUUGCAUUAUUGAAAAAAGAGAAAAAACAACAACAAAGAGAUCAACAAUUAAAACAACAAAAGAAGGAACAAGAAAAGAAAAAUCAAAAAAAUGCUAUUAAGACAAAAGCUUUCAAAAAAAAUACUUUAUUUGGUCACUUAGAAACUACUGAAGAAAGAAGAGCCACUAUGCUAACAUUAACAGGUGCUUUUAGUGCUUCCAGAGCUUCUAAAGUAACUGCGCAUGGUUUAGUUGUUCCAAUGGUCACUAAUCCAAUCUCAAAUACAAAUGUUUUGACUACUACUGCAUUAGGUACCCCAGUCCCAACACCUACUGUUAAUCAAAAUGAUUCCUCAAUUGAAACACAAUCUACGGCAGAAUUAGCCAGAUCAUUAGCAGCAUUUGCCUUGGAAAAUGAUCAAUUCCAAAUUGUUCAAGGUAUGUCUUCUGUUAUUCCAAAUUCAAUCGAAAAUAAUAUGAAGAACUCGCUAUUGACAACUUCUGUUAAAGAAUUAUUAUUAAACAAAGAUUUAGUCCACCCGGCAGUUAUUUCUUUAACCUAUCAAUUAAGUAACUAUAAGAUUGUUGGUUCGAUUCCAAGAUGCAUAGCCAUGCUAGAAGCAUUUCAAAUAGUAAUUAACGACUACCAAACUCCACAAGGCACAACUUUAUCACGUAAUUUGACUAACUAUUUAUCUCAUCAAAUUGAUAUAUUGAAAAAAGCAAGACCAUUAAGUGUCACUAUGGGUAAUGCCAUUAGAUGGUUGAAACAAGAAAUUUCUCACAUUGAUCCAAAUAUGUCUGAUAAAGUCGCUAAGAGAGAAUUAUGUGACCAAAUUGCACAAUUUGCUCGUGAAAAGAUAGAAUUAGCUGAUCAAUUGAUAUUAGACAAUGCAUCAAAUCAUAUUAAGGAUGGUACUACCAUUUUAACUUACGGUUCAUCCAAAGUUUUGACUGAAAUGAUUAUACAUAAUGUUGUUGAUUUGAAAAAAGAUGUAAAAGUAGUCGUUGUCGAUUCAAGACCAUUAUUUGAAGGAAGAAAGAUGGCCACAUACUUAAGAUCUCGUGGUGUUGAUGUCAUGUAUGCUUUAAUUACAAGUUUAAAUAAUGUUUUAAAAAUGCCAAUUGACUAUGUUUUCUUGGGGGCACAUUCCAUUUUAUCUAACGGGUUCUUAUAUUCAAGAGCUGGUACUGCUAUGAUUGCUAUGAGUGCCAAAAGAAGAAAUAUUCCUGUAUUAGUUUGUUGUGAAAGUUUGAAAUUCUCUCAAAGAGUUCAAUUAGAUUCUGUUACAUUCAAUGAAUUGGCUGACUCUAAUGAUUUGGUUAAUAUAGAUUAUGAAAAUCCAAUAGAAAAGCGUGGAAGCCAAGGUGCCUUGUUGAAACAAUUUAUAAAAGAAAGAACAAAAGAGAAGGAGAAAAUUGACUUAGAAAUUAAUAAACAAAAGGGUAAACAAUCGAAUAGUAACCAGUCUAAAAAUAAUGGUAAUAACAACAAUGGUAAUAACAGUAAUGAUAGUACCGAUCAAAAGAAUGGCGAAUCUAAUAACAAUAACAAUAAUAAAAAUAUCUUGGAUGAUUGGCAAGAUAUCCCAUCAUUAAAUAUAGUCAAUAUCUUGUACGAUUUAACUCCACCAGAAUACAUCAAAAAAAUUAUUACUGAAUUUGGUGCUUUACCACCAUCAUCUGUUCCAGUUAUAUUAAGAGAAUACAAGGGUUCUGUAUAA